GAAGAGCUCGACCCUUCUGCUCGUUCAGUAACGUUAGGUUUCACAGGCGCGGGAGUCAAGAUCACAAGCAACGAUGGACUGGACGACCGUUGUAGGAGUGGCAGCAGGAGCAGUUGGGACAGUGGCGUUAACCCCAGUUGUGGUGUCAGCGGCGGGUUUCACCGCUGGUGGCAUAGCCGCAGGAUCCGCCGCCUCCUGGAUGAUGUCCGCCGCGGCUGUGGCUAAUGGCGGGGGGGUGGCGGCUGGCAGUGCUGUUGCCGUCCUGCAGUCUGUUGGAGCAGCCGGCUUGUCUGGCGCAGCUACAACGGUUGUGGCGUCUGUAGGAGGGGCUGUAGGGGGAGCCGUUGCAAGAGCCGUGUCAUGGUUCCUGUAAAGCUAGGUUCAUGCUAACCUGAAGUUGUCUUUUAUCCACAUUAAGAAAAUGUGUUCUCUAUUUUAUCCCAAAUAAAAUGAUGAUAAAAACAA